AUGCAGGAAAUUGUAGUAAUCACCUGCCCAGGUGGCAAACAAUGCCCUCAUCUCAUCCGUCUCCUAUACGAUAAAUCUAGAUUCAAACUCCGUCUAGCAGGCCACACCACCGAAUCCGCCUCUCAUCUCCAAAACACCUACCCAGAGGCCGAAGUACAAACAUGCGACACGACCUCCCUCACAGACUGCCGCAAGCUUCUUAGCAAUGCAACAUCAGUCUACCACGUGGGUCCCUCGCUCCAUUCCCGUGAACAGGAAAUCGGGAUGAACAUGAUCGAUGCAGCCGUUGCCGAGAGCCAAAAGCCAGAUACAAAUUUCAAGCACUUCGUCUAUUCCAGCGUACUCGGCACCCAGCAUCGAAACCUCAUGCAACACGACCACAAGUGCCGCGUCGAAGAAAGACUACUACUAAGUCCUCUGAACUUCACAAUUCUCCAACCAACCAAUUUCAUGGAUGCGUAUCCGACUGCUGCACUCGCAAACAUCGAAGACCCGUCUAUCGAGUAUCUUUGGGGCAUUUAUAAUCCAAAUGUUGCCAAUAGUUUAAUUGCGCUCAGAGAUCUGGCUGAAGCCGCGGCCCGGGUUUUGGACGAGCGAGAACCACACUAUUUCGCUCAGUACCCGCUGUGCUCGACCUUCCCUGUCUCUGAUGCCGAAGCCAUUAAGGUUAUUGGAAAACACAUUGGUAAGGAGAUCAAGGUUCCAACUCCCACUUUUGAAGAGGGUGUUAGCAAGCUUCUCAAGUUUUUAUAUACCGGGGAGAGCGGGAUGUACAGCGGGGAUCAUGUGGAUUCGGAUUUGAGAUGGCCAGCCUCACAGGGGGAUCUACGUCCUGAUAUCACAAAGGACCAGGCCGAGAGGCUAAUUUUGUUCUAUAAUCGGCGUGGAUUGAAAGGGAAUCCCAGUGUUUUGAGGUGGUUGAUUGGGAGGGAGCCUACGAGUGUUGAUGAGUGGGUGAAGAUUCAACUGAAAGGCUAG